AUGGAAUCAAUUUACAGAACCAACUACCGCCUCAAGGCGAAGGAGAUGGAGUUGGGUGCCUUUCUCGCCGCUGCCCAGUCCGAUAAGCAGACCCUGAGACUGUCUUACCUCCUCGGGCAGACAAACGACAAACCCUUGCUGCUUGUGUACAAGAAUCGCAACUACGGUGAUACCAUGCAAGAGGUCACCGUGGGCGGGAAGAUCCUUUUGGUCGCGUUCCCCCUGGGCGGAAAAAAGCCUCCCUCGCCGAACGUAAAAAAGGAGGGUCCCCAGGGUCAGUAA